AUGGCUUCCUUCGCAUCGAGUGCGCCUUCCGCCUUAAUCGGGUGCGCUGCCAGGUGCACACAGCGAAUACCUCGAACACUACAUAAUACCUCACCAUCAUCACAAGCCCCAGCACGAGCGUUCACUGCAGGCGCAAGAUUACAGAAAAAGCUAGAGGAGACGAACGGCAAAUCUGAGCAGCUAAAACAAGCGUCUCGGAAGACUGCGGGGAAGACGUCGUCUUUGCGCAGUGUUGCUGUUGAAGCACAACGAUCACGAACAUUCGUCAAGUCGCGUGGCCGAACGCGCUUUAUCGACCCAGACGCUGAAACUAAGACCGUCACCGCCUACUGCGCCGCCGAGAUGUACGAUAUCACAGUUGCCGCACGCCUCAUCAAGGCACAGGGCUACGAACUCGAUCCCUUCCAGACAGGCCUCUACCCACAAGUCAUCCACAUACAGACCAGUGACCGGCCGUCGGAAGUCAAAGACUUCCAGCAGGGUGACAUCUUCAUCUUUCCCUCAGGUACAGUCGUAACAUGGAAUGUUCGUGAGCGCGAAGCCCUGAAGCUCGUUCAACAGGUGCUACCUGCAGCAGCUGAAGGCUCACAUCUGGAGUUGCUCGAGACAGAGGACCUUGAAUACCUCGAAGAUGGCUCACGUGAGAGCAGCGAGGUUGUUGGAGACACCAUCGUGCUAGGUACAAAGCCUGAACAGGCGUCAGAGUCACCUUCUUUUCAGUCAGAGACUGGCCCAACGUCUUCAGAAGUUGACACUGUCCUCGCCAAGAUCGCUUUCUCGUCUGGCCUGGCACGCUCUACAAAGCUCGCCGUACUCGAGACUCUUCUCUCCAAUUAUCAACACUCGACUCGCGAAAUUCCCAACAUGCUAGCUGCAAAGCACAAUCGCUCGCCGUUCACACGCUCGUUCAUUCUGCGCAAAACCGGCGAGCUGCUCUCGAUUCGUGCUCAGCUCAAUCUCUACUCUGAGCUCACAGACAGUAUGCCAGAUCUUUUUUGGGACUCACGACACGAGCUAGGCUUGGGCGGCUACUACGAUGACGUUGGGCGCGCCCUAGAUGUCGGUGUCAGGAUUAAGGUGCUGAACGAGAAGAUCGGGUUCGCGCAAGAGAUUGCCAGCGUGUUGCGCGAGCAGCUGAGCGAGAAGCACGGGCUCAGACUUGAAUGGGCUAUCAUUGCGCUCAUUGCUGUGGAAGUAGUGUUGGAGUUUUGGAGACACUACGAUGAGAGGAAAGAAAGAGAUGACCCAGAGAGCACACAAGCGCUUCUCAGAGCGUAUCUCGAGCGCUUGGCAAAUGAGGAAGCGAAACACAGGAUCGCGUAA